AUGGAUGCUGACCUUUCUGGUCACCUGAGAAGGAAGAGGGACAGCAGUGCUUUGGAUGAUCACUUGAUUUAUGCUGUCCGUGUUUCUACCACUACAUCUGGGAAGCAGCCCUGGGAGAGGGGCGACAUCCUGGCGCCUCGAUCAGCUUUCUCGUCUCCCUUCCCGAGUGUCGGCAGGCCUCAGGUAGCUGCGCAAGUGCUGCCUGCCCCAAGUUCGACUCCUGCAGGAGCUGUUGCAACUUCUGUGGCUGUUAAAGUAUUGGGCAAGCUGCCGGCUACGAAGGGGCCCAGUUGGGAGGAGAAAUUGACUGAUAACAGGCGGGCUGCAGUGGCAAAAUGGGAGGCUCUUCUUAUGUCUCACGGCGAGCACUUUGAUUGCUACAGGGGAGUCAGUGGCGACGCCAGUGCGGGACGCAAGGCAGAUCUGGUUCGGACGCUGAAGGCGAGCGCGACUCUGCACUCGAGAGUGGGACCGAUGAUGCGUUAUGUAAAGUUCACCAAAUCUGCUGGUCUCGAUGCUUUUCCUUUGACGGAGAGCGUCUUAUAUGUAUUCAUGGAUCAGUAUUGUCGGACGGCGGCGGCAACCUUUGGAAGGAGCUUCCUUGAGUCUCUGAAUUUCGCUGUGCAUGUCUUGGGCCUCGAUCUGCAUGUGACCAUCAGUGGCAGGAUACAAGGGGUAGCCAAAACCAGGUACCUUGAAAAAAGGAAAGCUGUCCAGAAGCCGGCGCUUACAGCGCUGCACGUGAGGACUCUUGAGAAGAUAGUGAUUGGAGGAACCAUUGAAGAAUACAGCGGCUUCGACAGACAUUGUGCAGGGUUUUUCUGCUAUACUUUGUACGCUCGGGCCCGGUUCUCCGAUGCCCAAGCCUCGGCUAACCUCAUGCUUGAUGUCACCGAGAGCGACGACGGGCCUUAUGGGUUCCUGGAGGCCUCUGUUACGAGGUCCAAGACGUCGUAUACUCUGGAAAGAAAAACGAGAUUCCUCCCAAUGGUUGCUCCUAUUAAUGGGCUGCUUGAUGAGUCUUGGGGGACUGCAUGGUACAAGCUCAUAAAGGAACAGGGGGUGACCCUUCGAGAGGGUUAUCCGUUGCUGUCGUCGCCUGUCACUGGCGGCGGAUUCAGUCUGCUGCCCAUCUCGGCCGAGCAUGCUGCGAGGAUUUUGCGGGAGCUUUUGAGGCGCGAGCUCGGUGAUUCCGCUGACAUCAGAAAGCUUGGAACGCACAGCUUAAAGAGGACCUUGUUGAGCUGGCUUGCUAAAUAUGGAACGGAACAAGGCGUGAGGGCCAUUUUGGGCUACCACAGCACUCACUGUGGAACGGAGUUGGUAUAUGCCAGGGACACGCUGAGCGGCCCAUUGCGGCAGCUUGGAUCCGUUGUGAGUGCUGUGGCAUUGGAUCACUUCCGUCCUGACAGCACGCGCUCGGGAUAUUUUCCCAGUCGCAAGGGUCAAGAAGAUGCAGGUUUCGAUCCCAAUGCUCCGGAGCAAGAAGAGCUUGACAGUUCUUCCAGUGGAAGUGAAGACGAGGAGGCUCCGGAUCACGAUGAGGUCGAGAAGGCCUGUGAUGCUCUGGCUUCCUGGGAGGGUCCCGUCUUCAAGCAUAAGACUACGAGGGUCAUUCAUUUGAUGGCCAGCAGUGAUGAAGGUGAUCGCAUUGUCUGCGGACGCAAGCCGUCAACUAGUUACAUCCAGACGGCUGUGCCUAAUGUUUUGUUUCCCCUUUGCAGGCAAUGCUGUCCUGACCAGGACGGGCCUUGA